ACACAGAAAAAAUGGCAGAGAGGAAGAAAGAGGCGGAUCAUCUGCCUACUUCAGAAUCCGAUCAAGAUGAUUUUAUAGAGCCAGACCCACCCGUAGUCACCAAUCAAGCUGUUGCUGAUACUUUUGUCAACAUCGAUUAUGAAGAUCUCGUCAAUCCAGACUAUGACAGUCAUCCUAGUGGAUACAUCCACGAAAUUGUGCGACAGGGAUCACACGACGACGACGACGAGCCAAGAGUGGCGGUUAGUUCCGUGAGCGAUGUGUCGACAGGAGAGGAGUCUAGCGAGGAUCACACAGAGAUUUCAACAAAAGAGAUAUCACAGGCUCUGGACGAGGUUUCCAAAUUACAACAUCCAGAAGUGAGUCUAGAAGAUGAGGAGGAAAUAGAUGAAGUAGAUACUCAAGAAUGGCGACAACGAAAGAAACAUGUCUUUAUCCUAAGUCAGGCUGGAAAACCAGUGUAUACCAGGUUUGGUAAUGAGGACAAACUGGUCACUGUAAUGGGGGUCAUGUCAGCUCUAGUUUCAUUUGUCCAAGAUUCCAAAGACUUGGUGCGUUUUAUGGUGGCAGGUGAUCACAAGUUUGUCUUCCUAGUCAGAGAACAUUUAAUUCUGGUGUGUGUGUCACAUGGUGCAGAGUCAUCUCAGCAGAUCCUUCUUCACUUGUCGUAUGUGUACAAUCAAAUUCUCAGCGUUCUUACGUUUAGUACGCUCCAUAGGAUAUUCAAACAGAGAAGGAACUAUGAUUUACGAAGACUUUUGACUGGUGCAGAAAAGUUUCUGGACAAUUUGCUAAACAUGAUGGACACAGAACCAGGGAUGUUGUUAGGAGCUGUUCGCUGUUUACCAUUAGACAGCCAGGUCAGGGACAACAUCGCUCAGACCAUUGUACAGAACGCAAAAGUAAAGGAUUUGGUGUUUGCCCUCAUCCUAGCUAACAACCAGCUUGUAACACUUGUGAGGAUGAAAAAGUACUUUCUACAUCCAAUGGAUCUUCACCUCAUCAUUAACCUCGUUAAUGCAUCCGAAUCCUUCAAGGCCGCCGAGUCUUGGACACCGAUAUGUUUACCAAAGUUUGACUCCAGUGGUUUCCUACAAGCUCACAUCUCUUACCUGGAUGAUCGGUGUGAAACCUGUCUCUUACUUCUGUCUGUUGACCGCGAGUCAUUCUUCAUACUGUCCGAGUGCAGGAACAAAAUCAAAGAGCGGUUAGUGAAGUACAACGCUCUGAAGGCCAUCAGUGAUUCGCUGAUGAAGACCAGCUACAGUAUACAACAGUGUGGUAUAUCUGACCUGCGACAUUUUCUGUACAAGUCUCGGCACAUGGCCCAGUUCACAAGUCCAGAAUUAGAAGCACCGUACCUUUCGGAGACAGAACAGGAGCGUCUUUGUGGCCUAUACUUCUACCUCCAUCACCGAAUACACACAUCAGCUCGCCCAUUGAAAAUACUCUACACUGUUGGGCCACACGAGACUCUCCUUGGCUGGGUUACACAGAGUUUUGAGCUGUAUGCAGUAUUUGGACCGCUAGUGACCAAAGUGGCAGCUAUCCAAGCUAUCAACAAGCUGUUACGUUGGGUGAAGAGGGAGGAAGACCGCCUGUUUAUACCAAAUCAUGUCACGUUUUGAGAACUAUGGAAAGCUUACUGUGAUACAGACAGACAUUACACUGCCAUGUCAGAUUACGUGUCAGAGAUGUCACUUACAGUACUUGUUCUGCAACACGUAAAUCAUCCAUGCUGUGAAAUAAAUUACAGUAUGCAUCCUGCAAUAAGCCCAGGGACCAACACAGUUUACGACUUAAAGUAGGAGGUGGGCUUAUUACAGGACAGUGAAAUGGCAUUUGUUGUAAUUUCUACAGAACUAAAAUAUAUAUGGGUGGGCUUAUUACCAGGCAUUGGCUUAUUGCUGGAUAAGAGUAGUAAGUGUCAUUUGCCUGGUUUCAUAAAAAAUACAUAUUGACAGACUUUGUCAUGAUAAAACAUUGGGAUGGCAGUCAUGAUGAGAGAAAUGGUGUGGAGUGUAUUAUUUAUACAAGUUACAAUAACCAGAGAGCAUGUUAUAGUUUUCUGAUGUGUACCACAGCAGAGUCAUGACUAAAUAACUUGUAACUUCCUAACUUUUCUUAUUCUAACUUUGUGUCACAGUUACAAGUGGAAUUGGUGAAAGUUCUGAGAACAUAUAAUUUUUGUGCUCAAAAGAGGUGGUAGACCAAAAAGGGGGAAUGAGCUCCCCUUGGGACAGAGGCGAGGUCAAAGAGUAGGGGCCCAAUAGGGGGUGAGCUCCCCUGGGGACAGGGACAGGGCCCAAUAGGGGGUGAGCUCCCCUGGGGACAGGUGUAGGGCCAAAUAGGGGGUGAGCUCCCCUGGGGACAGGGGCAGGGCCCAAUAUGGGAAAUAAUGGUAAACCUUUAAAAUCAUUGUCUUUACAACAAAGGAAGGGAUUUAAAUAGGAGUUAAUGUUAUUUAAAUUGAGAAUGCAAUGCAUGUCCCUCCUGGGGGCAAAAGAAUGAGGCCUAAUAGAAGAAACAGAGGUAGAUCUUUUAAAUCCUUCCAUAUGGAUGAAGGGAUUUUUUUACUGAAUUUGAUCUGGAGAAUCCUUGGGCAAACAGGGGUUUUGUUGCAUAAACCAAAGUUUUUAUGAAACAUCCAUGGGACCAGGAAAACCAAUGUCUUCUAAUGGAAAGGUAUUGUCCCCUUUGGUCCUGAGAGGUAGAGUUUCAAAUCGGGAAUAUUUGUUAUGUUUCUAUUAAUGAAAAUAUUUUGCCAUUAUUGCUUAAAUAACCAGUGAAGUGAUACAUGCCCAUCAGGCCUCUUCUUUAUGCUUUCCCUUCAAUAAGAGAGUGUCUGUUUUAGUGCUGUAGUGACAGUGGUGUACAUUUGUAGGAUAUUUAUGGUUUUGUCUCAAAUUAUAAUGUAAGCGAACUGAUGGCUUUUAACUGAACUGUCACUUGUUAUAGUUAAAACAAAAAUCUGUUUUCACACAAAAUCACAAGCUUCCCUUGAGCAUACACAAAUUGACUGGGAAGUGUUUGCUUUACAGUUCAGGUCAAAGGAUUAAAUGUCAAGGUCACCAUAACUAUAAAUAGAAAAUCCAUUUCAACAGGCUAUCUUGGGCUGAUAAUAGAGGUGGCCUAAGUGCUUCAGAUUAUUUUUCAUGUUCAAAGAAGGUCACCAUUACAGAAAUUGUGAAACAAAUCUGGUUUCCACUCAAAAGGUCUCCUUGGAUUUAUAUGCCUUUAAUAGAAUUAUUUAAGUUAGUUAUUAAGGUUUACUUUUCAGCAAAUUUUAAAUUCUAUUUUGUUAACAACUCUUCUGUUUACAUGUAUGUUGGAUACUAUGAUCAGAUGCUAGUUUUCAGACCUAUAUAAUAUUGGUUUUCUGUUCCAGCUACGAAGAGGGCAUCUAGAGUUGAUGUUUUCUGUAAAAUGCAGGGCUAGAAAUUAAUUAUUAACUAGAACAUGUCUGUAAGACAUGAAUGCCCCCGCCGCCAUGUAAGUAAGUUUCAGUGUUUGAUGUUCUAUAAAUAGUGACAACUUCUUUGACCUUGUAAUUCUGAAACAUGAACUCAUCCGAGGUAUUCGGUGUAUAAACUUUUAUCAAAAUCUGUUAAUGAAUCGGUUGAUGAUUUUCUAUAUAUAUAGCAACUGUGACCUUGGCCAUUGGCCAUUGACCUUGGAACCCUGAAACACAGAAUGAUGUCCGAAUUAUUCGGUGUAUAAACUUUCAUCAAAAUCUGUUUAGAAAUGAAAUAGCUAGAGUGAUGACACUGAAUCGGUUAGUGAUUUUCUAUAUAUAGCAAGCAUGGUCUUGGCCUUGGAACCCUGAAACACAAAAACGAUGUCCGAGGUAUACUCAUA